GGAUAAGAACAAGAUUUGUCUGCCAAGACACAUUUAAGAAUACUAUGCAGAUCAAGUUUCAAUCUUUAGCGCCAUUCAAGCCAGUGAGCCCCGAUGUUAUCGAUACUUGGAGCUCUUACCUGAAUACAAUGGAAAAGAGCAAGGCACCAGAGACGGUUUCCAGGCUAUUCUUCUCUACAAAACCAUGCAUACAAUCAAUGGUCGACGCACAACCCGAAUGGACAGAAGAAUUCCAGUUCAAUACGUUCUGGACAAGGCUGUUGGAGGAAGCGCUUGGAACGGGCUACUUUCAAUGGGACAAAUAUGACAUGUUCUUCUUCCCAGUUUGGGGGAUGACCCAUCAGUAUGUGGUCUGUUUCAAUCUUCCCGAUUGCAAGAUGAACAUCAUUGACCACAGCUUGGCUGAAACACACGCCUCAUUCGGCGAAAAAUAUGGGAACACACCCUCCGUGCUGAAAAAGUUCUUCGCAACAUCACUUACGAAGUCUAAGGUUCCAAAAAUGGCGACACAGGUCAGAAAAUGUAAUGCACAUGUCGUUACAAUGCCUUGGAGGAACAACAGCGGCACCGUGGACACGGGGGUCUAUGUGAUGAGGCAUAUGGAGACGUACUUUGGAGAGAGGGAGAAAGAUUGGGAGUGCGGACUAAGGCCAAAGGAACAAAGAGCCUGGAAAUGUUGCGAAUGAAGUUUGCAACGGCUCUGCUUACUUCUCCACAUAACUCAAAAUCUGGAACCAACCAAACUCAAGCCACCAAGCAUUGGAUGGAUAAGCCGUCAAAGUUCAGCUUCAAAAAGUGAGUCGAGAAUUAUCGGAUCUAGUGAUAUUCUGAUGGGUGAUUGGAAACGAUUUUUAGUUUGAUAUGAACUAGAUAUUUUUUUUUUGAUAACUCAUGCUAGAAGGGGGAAUACCGGAUUUGUGGCUUGGAAUGUUUUG